AUAUUGUCCUAUGCGUUUUGGUGGUAAAUGUGGUUUGAAUUUUGAAUCUUUGAUACCUUGCAAAUCAUAUUUGAGAGUGGGAAAGAGGGAAAGAGGGCCAAUUAUUGAAGAAAAUUUCUUCACUGUAUCUGGGACUUCGGAUAUAUGGUUAUCCAUUUUUAUCAGUGGAUUGCAGUUGUUGAAGAAAGAAGAUUUGGAGUGGUUUCGACAAAAAAGGAGGUGCUUCUUUUACCAUCAAAUCUGUAAGACAUGGUGGAAGACCUUGUACGCUAGGGGUGGACUGGCACGUGAAGGGCCUUAUCCAGUUCAGGCAUGUACAAUGCCUCAGGCUGUGCCCGGCUGUAAUCGUGAUGACGCCGUCUAGGCGCAGAACCUUAAGAAUAAGCCAGUUUGCUCAACUCCACAUAAUUUCAUCAGGGUGACUCACACCCAAUGUUUUGGUCGGCUAGGAUGUUUAAAUGAGUAAUUAUGAACCAAUUGAAGCAAAUACACGCGCACACACUUAGGAACGGUACAGAUUUUACGAAGUAUUUAAUUACCAAACUAUUGGAAAUCCCAAACAUACACUAUGCUCACAAAUUGUUUGAUAAUAUGCCUAAACCAACUCUUUUUCUCUACAACAAGCUCAUCCAAGCCUACUCUUGUUAUGGGCCUCAUUUUCAUUGCUUUUAUCUCUAUUCCCAGCUGCUGCACCAAGGGUACUCUCCUAAUGCACAUUCUUUUACCUUCCUUUUUGCUGCCUGUGCCAACCUUUCUUUCAACUUCCAAGGCCAAAUUCUUCAUGCUCAUUUCAUUCAAUUCGGUCUGCAGAGUGAUGUUUAUGCGCUAACUGCACUAGUUGACAUGUAUGCUAAAAUGGGUUUGGUGCAUUUUGCUCAAAAACAGUUUGAUGAGAUGAGUGUUAAGGACGUUCCGAGUUGGAAUUCUUUAAUUGCUGGGUACAUGAGGUGUGGGUUUUUGGACGAAGCUUCACGUUUGUUCUCGGAUAUGCCAUCGAGGAAUGUGAUUUCUUGGACUGCAAUGAUAUCAGGGUACUCGCAGAAUGGAAAAUAUCAGGAGGCUUUGGAAAUUUACUUGGAAAUGGAGAAGGGGGGAAUAGUGAGGCCUAAUGAAGUGACUAUUGCUAGUGUUCUUCCAGCUUGUGCAAAUCUUGGGGCAUUAGAGGUUGGACAGAGGAUUGAAGCUUAUGCACGAGCAAACGGUUAUUUCAAGAGUAUGUUUGUCUGCAAUGCAGUGCUGGAAUUGUACACAAGAUGUGGUAGAAUUGACAGAGCAUUGCAAGUUUUCGAUGACAUCGCUAAACAUAGAAAUUUGUGUUCUUGGAAUACUAUGAUCAUGGGUUUAGCUGUCCAUGGAAAAUGUGAUAAAGCUCUUGCAUUAUUUAACCAAAUGCUGGGAAAAGGAAUGACACCGGAUGAUGUCACAUUUGUAGGGACAAUCUUAGCAUGCACACAUGGAGGCAUGGUUGUGAAGGGCCGAGAACUCUUCAGUUUAAUGAAGAACAAGUUCUCCAUUCAUCCAAAGCUAGAACAUUAUGGAUGCAUGGUUGAUCUUCUAGGUCGUGCAGGAGAACUACAAGAAGCUUAUGACCUUAUACAGACUAUGCCAAUGAAACCUGAUUCCAUUGUUUGGGGAACUCUGCUUGGGGCAUGCAGUUUUCAUGGCAAUGUCGAGCUGGCUGAGAAAGCUGCCGAGUCUCUCUUUAAGUUGGAGCCAUGGAAUCCUGGUAAUUACGUGAUUCUUUCCAAUAUAUAUGCAAGAGCAGGAAAGUGGGAUGGAGUUGCAAAGUUAAGGAAGCUUAUGAAAGGCUCGAAUAUCACAAAAGCAGCUGGGUAUAGCUUGAUUGAGGAAGGAGGCAAAAUUCAUAAAUUCAUUGUAGAUGAUAAAUCUCAUCCUAGGUCAGAGCUAAUAUUUGCAAUUUUAGAUGAUGUUACAGCUAAAAUGAAACUUGACGUCGGUACAACUGAUUGGGAUUCUGAUAUUGAAGAAAUAUGCUUAUUGUAAACCAUCUAAGAAGCUUCCAUAAUAUUAAGUAAUGUUGU